CUGCCAUGGGGCCCUGGCAAGUCAGGACUGACGGACAGCCGGGGCGGUUGCGGGGCCCCGUCUCCAGUUCGGCCGUUGGCCGAGUAUCCCGAGAGUCACGAGCUGCUGUUCAACGUUGCCUUCUGCGCCUGCCGCGGCUGCGGCGGUGCCCGCGCGGGCCAGGGUGUCGGCCUGGGCGUCGAGGAGCUGCCCGACGCUGUUUUGCCGCGGGGCCCCAAUGUCUCUGAGGCGCGCCCGCCCAUCAUCGCCGCGGACCUUUGGCCCGAGAUGCGCUCCAUGAAACAGCAGGGCCUGUGCGACGCCUCGACCUGCAUUCUGAUUUCGCAUUGC